AUGUAAUGUAACCACACCUUCGUUAUUAUGCACCAUUCAAAAAUACAAACAGCAAACAAAAUGAACAAAUAGACUCACUUAAAAUAUACUGAACAACUUCCUCUGUGGUUUAUCCUUUCAAGUAGGGAGGUUUUCUUGCUCAGUAAGGGUUAUAGGUCUUCCACUUGGUAAAACUUCAUUGCAAUUAUUUGCAGUGUUAAAUGUGCUGUAUGAAAAGUUCAGUCCAACUGAACUGAGUAAACUGAAGUCCAGCCAUACUGAACUAAAUCAAAUCUUCAUAAAAUGAAUUUCAAUAAGAGCCUCUCUGAGCUUUCCAUGUGGUUGCUUAUUGUGCAUAGAGGGACAACAGCAUCCUCUAGUGACUGAACUAUGACAUUAAAAACUUUCUUUAAAAAAAAAAACAUAUUGAGAAACAUCAUAAAGUGCAAUCCUGUUUUGUUCAAGGGGCAACAUGCAACAUAUCCAAGUUUAGGGGCACCAGACAAAUGGGAAAAAGGAAAAGACUGGACAGUAAAACAUUCAAGGGGGACCUUCAUGUCCUCUAGAUAAAAAUAUGAAACAAUAAUAAAACAUAAAAUGUGUCUCUCUCCUAUAAAUAAAAGCUUGAUAGGAAUAACCCUAUAGAUUCAUGUUUUGAAUCAAUCAUCUUAUUGCAUGAGUGUAGUAACAAAUAAACAUAUCAUUGGAAAACAGUAAGUGGAACUAGAACUUACAAAAAAUUAUUUCAAAGUUGUGUAGUACAGUGAACAGAUGUGCAAAAAGUGCACAUAACUUUUCCGCUGCCAACCUCAGAUGUAAGAUAAUGCUGAGGCAAUGUGCGAGAGAGAAACAGCAAGAGACUGAGAGAAAGUGAGAGCGAGAUAACGUGUGCUAACUCAUAGGAAGAAACUACAGGAACUGACAGUUGGAGGAGGGUGAAAUACAUUCACCAAGGCUCACACUGGCACAUGCUAAAAGAACAUGCACCAGGUAACAGAAUACGCGCUCCUUGGAGCCUCAGGAGUGAUGCCACCACCUUCACUGCCCAUCAAACAGCGCAGGAGCAAGUCCUCCAGCUCAAGCUCCAUUCAGGAUCUAGAGUUAAAGGUAGGAGAUCUACACUCGUCCGGACCACAGACCCCUUUGUCUCCGUUUACGGAGGUGUUCAACACACCUACGGACUGUAAUGCAGCCCACUGUCCUAUACAUCAUCGCUAUGAACAACACCAGGCGAGAUUCUUCUCAGACCAAACUCCUCCUCCAAUACCAAAAAAGACUCUGACGAGAACCCUAUCGCUCCCAACGGAUGUUCUUGACCCACCUUACCAAGAUAACACCUCUAACUAUGAAAAUCCCCUCUACAUGAUAACACCAUUACAAGGCACACUGAUACUAAAAGAGGAGGACAAAGAGGAGCAACAUCAAGCUCAGUCCAUGCACCAGGUGACCUUUGAUACACCAGAUGAACAGCUUUACGGAUUCUUCAGAAGCUUCCGAAGCCAUGAGCAAGUUUCUGUGGGGAUUGAAAAGUGUUAUCUUCAGUUCCUGAGGAAAACAUUGCAGAACACUGAAAUGAACGUCUAUCUAAAUGAGCAGGAAAUGGAGAAAGCGAAGACAUCUCAGCCUAAUGACUUUCUAUUGUGUGGGCAACAGUGGACUAAGAGGGAUAUUUUCUUGGUGCAUUGUCCGAAGAUUCAUGGAAGGCUGUUUUCAGCAAGGGUUCACAAAGGGAAUUCCGAAUCAGACUGCUCUACACCCAUGCUGCAUCCAAAUAUAGAACAAGAUGUGGUCCAUUUCCCUCAAAGCACAUUUAUGGAUCAAACUUAUGCCUCACAAUCAGAGACUGCUCAGACAACACCAGAGUCAUCACAAGGGAGCGGCACAGAGGUAUGCCAACAGCAAACGGUUGUCUCUCUUUUGAUGAAAGGUGUCAGUGUGACUAUAGUAAGAGACUUUCCGCUGGCAACACUGGAGGACUUUGUUGAGGAUGGACACACGUUACACUGGACUCAUCCUGAGGUUUAUGAAAGGAGGCUUUGUCUUAUUGUCCUCCAGUUGGUACUAGGACUUCAGCACUUAGGAUGUUAUAAUGUCAUUCACAGGGAACUGAAACCACAGAGUGUUAUGUUAGUGUGGCCUAGUAUCAAGUUGGUUGAAUGUAGGGAAAACCCAACAGAGAUUAAGAAGGGAAGGGACAUGAAUGAGAAGAUCUCAAUACCCAAGGAGAAACUAGACAAGGAGAAUUUGAAAGGUGAGAUGUGUCAAACCCUAUGGGAGAAGUGGGGCACCCCUCGUGUGGUGCUGAACAGCCAUGUGGAUGAUGAGGUCUUUCAAGCAACAACUUCCCUGGAGUUCCAGUUGGGGAAUUUGCUGAAGAACUGUCUGCAUCUUACCGACAGUGGGUCGUCAGUGUGGAAAGCACCACAAGACUCUCCUUACAUUCAAGGUUUGCUGUGGCUGGUCACCCAUCUUACAUCUGAGAAACCAGGGCUACUAAUGGCCGAUGUGUCAGGUGUCCUCCAGGUCUUGCUUUGGGGUCCACGAAAGAGACUCUUCCAGAAAAAACAACUAGAGAGUACUGCACUUUCUAAUUGGCUGCUCCUCAAGCGAUCUCUUUUGGUUCUCAAGCUUGCAGAGAAGGGGCUGUUUCACAAUCACCAUAGCUUGGACUGGGAAGACUAUCUCUGUCUGCAAUACCUAUCCUUCACAAACUCUGAGACUUUGUGUACUGUUAUUGCACAAAUGGGCCUUCACGACUUUGUUAGACUAGCUUAGAUAAAAACACAAAUAUUGUUAAAUUACCUUAAUUGCAACUGGCUGAGAAGGUAGCCCAAUGGACUGUAAGAGUUCCCUGUAUAAAAAAAAAAAAAAAAAAAAAAAAAAAUGUAUAUAUAAUUCUCAGCCAUAUGGCUUUAACAGUUUUGAUAAAGAAAUCAUCCUGUCCUACACACCAAUAUUUGUAAUUCACUUUCCAUUAUGUACUGAUCAUAUACUUCUCAGCAUUACAUGCCCUCAACUAAAACUUAAAAUCACUUGAAAAUGUUCAAACAAAUCACUACUCUUUUCACCACAGCCCUUUCCCUUGUGCUUCUUGACAAUAUAUACAAAUAAAAUAAUUUAUGCACA